ACACGCGAUUUGUAAUUGUAAGAUUGCGUUUGCAAAUUCGUAUACGUCUUCAGUUACCGUUGUAUUAAAUUGAAUUAGGUGAUUAGCAAAGGCAUAUACGGCUGACAACAUGCAUCCCGAUCUCACCGAGCGCAUCCUACAGCAUUUGGAGACAGUCGACAAAGUGAAUACUCUAGAACUUGCCACGCAAUUCAGUGUUGACCAUCAGAAAGUUGUCGGCGCCUUAAAGAGCAUACAGGCACAUGGCGAUCUAGUCAUCGCUGAGACAGCCACACAGAAAAACUUGGAACUGACCGACGAAGGUCAGUCCGUGGUCGAAAAGGGCAGCCAUGAGGCUAUCGUCUAUUCAUUGGUGCCCCCGGAGGGUAUAGCUCAAGCAGCUCUGAUGGUUGCCGGAGGACCCAAUGCUAAAGUAGGCUUCAGCAAAGCCAUGUCCCAGGGCUGGAUACUCUUAGAUAAGAGUGUGAACCCACCGCUGGUUAGACGAAAGGUGGACAAAAUUGUCGACAAUGUGAAAGAUCAGCUGGUGUUGGUGGCCAGUGGCAAAUCGCAGUUAACUGCUAAAGAUGUAGCCGACUACAAGAAACGGAAACUGCUGCAGGAGACUACUACAAAGAGUUUUAUUUUGAGUAAGGGUCCAGAGUUUGCCACAACACUUACUAAGUUGGAAACGGAUCUUACCAUGGAUAUGCUAACCAGUGGUUUGUGGGAGCAGUUGAAAUUCAAGUCAUAUAACUUUGAUGCGUUGGGCGCGGCACCGACGCGUGGUCAUCUGCAUCCGCUACUCAAGGUGCGCACUGAGUUUCGCCAAAUUUUUCUUGAGAUGGGAUUCUCAGAAAUGCCCACCAACAACUACGUGGAGUCAUCUUUCUGGAACUUCGAUGCACUAUUCCAGCCGCAACAGCAUCCAGCACGCGAUGCCCACGAUACGUUCUUCAUCAUCCACCCGGCGCAGAGCCACAAGUUUCCCCAAGAAUACCUCCAGCGGGUCAAGGCCGUACACUCAAAGGGUGGCUACGGGUCGCUCGGAUACGGCUACGACUGGAAGCUGUCGGAAGCGCAAAAGAAUCUGCUGCGUACCCAUACAACAGCCGUGAGCGCACGAAUGCUCUUCAAGCUCGCAAACCAGGAGGGUGGCUUUAAGCCAGCCAAGUACUUUAGUAUAGACAAGGUGUUCCGGAAUGAGACGCUGGAUGCUACCCAUUUAGCGGAAUUUCAUCAGGUGGAAGGCGUUAUUGCAGACGUGGGUUUAACACUGGGAGAUUUGAUUGGCACGCUUUAUGAAUUCUUCCGAAAACUGGGUAUUACUCAGCUGGAGUUUAAACCGGCAUAUAAUCCAUAUACGGAGCCCAGCAUGGAGAUAUUCUGCUAUCAUCCGGGUCUGGCCAAAUGGAUUGAAGUGGGCAAUUCAGGCCUUUUCCGCCCGGAAUUGCUCCGACCCAUGGGGUUGCCAGAGAACGUUAAUGUUAUUGCCUGGGGCCUGUCGUUGGAAAGGCCCACGAUGAUCAAGUACGGCAUUAACAAUAUUCGGGACUUGGUGGGACCGAGAGUCGAUCUGAAAAUGGUUGAAGACGGCCCUAUUUGCCGAUUGGAUCACGUCUAGGCUUGCUAUUGCUAUUUCAAUCAUAAUUUUCCAAAUACACAUAUUUGAAUAGUUAAAUGUCGCCGCCUUUCAAACCUGCACUCAAUAAAUCAACACU